GCAGUCACUGCCACGGUCGCGUCAGUCGCACCCGCCAGUCUUUAACAUAACCUCAAGCGGACCACACACGUAACAAUAUAAACAAAUAGUUAAAAAUUAAAACGUUUGCUUUUCAAUAGAUAUCAGUGCUGUGCUGUGUGACGUAAUAACAAACCUGUUUUAGUUUUGUCUGCGAUUAAAUAAGAUGAAUACGCUUACUCUUCUCUUCGUGGUAUUACUAUGUGGGGUCGCGGUUUACGCCCGACACUUGGACGAUUUAAGUGAUUCGGAUUCUCUAUCACCUGAAAAAAGUGAAGGUAGAAAGCAUGGAUCGGACCUGACGCGUCAUAGGAGGAGAAGGUGGCAAAUGAACUAUGGUUACGAUUACCCACAGCCACCCACACAUUCUUACUAUCCGGACAGAAGGGAUUAUGAUAGAAAUCAACAAGAUCUCUUACCGCAGAUAGUUAAACUACUUGAAGAGAUCUCUGUUUACGUCAAAAGACCUCAACCACCUCCAGUCCCACAGCCAAUCUACAUUCCUUAUCCCGUACCGUACCCCGUCCCUCAGAUAGCCUCUUGCUCAGAUAAUGGAACAAAGAAACCUUCUGUCCAUACCAGAUUUCCUGAGAUGGAAGAUACUAACCAAAACUGGGGAUUCGUAACUUCGAAAGACGAUGAUACGGAUGAUCUUAGCGAAUCGAGACCAAUAUCCUUCGAUCCGAUUGCGCCUCUACGUCCAAUGAGGCGACCUGCACCAAAGGUUGAACAUGGCAGCUCGCAGGCAGACGCGCAGACUUCUACUCAGGCUCCGCAGUUUAACGAUGAACCUGGUGUAUUGAAGAUACCGAGCAUGUGCAACGCGGCUAUCCUGUCGUGCUGCGCUGACAACCAGUCACAACAGAGAGUAUGCUUCAAUAGAUUUGGGUGCGCUGUCUCCUACGAAAAUGGCAAAGCUUGCAGUGAUGAAUCAAUAAAUGCUGCUCUGGACUCCUUCAAGACUGCUUACUCGCCAGUGCAGUGAGUCCUUAUAUAAGUACGUAUCAUAGAGUAACUGUCAGUAUUGUGAACCGCGCCCGUGUGGUGCUAAAUGUUAUUGUUCUGUUGUAUUUCUUACUACAUAUUUAAAUUGUUUAUAUUCUCUUCCAAAGCUAACAAUGUAUAAUUUAAGAGAAUUAGGUAUGUUUGUAUUAAAUACUUUUCAGAAUAAUUGACCACACUGAACACAAUGCCCGAGCUUGUGAUUUUUGUAAAAACUUACUCGCUGGAACCUCAUGACCAGUGAGUAGUAUUUUGAUCGGUAUUGAUAAAUUACGCAAUUUAGCCUGCCCACGCGUAACUUUGUUCAAAUCUAGCGAUGUUAGAACUUAGAGUUCAACGAAAUAUAAAUCAAAAUAACAAAUGUAAUUGAAAAUAACAAAUUAAACUAACUUUGUUCACGUACUAACUUCGAGAUAUGUCUAUUAUUUGCCACAGACCAAUUAUAUCGAUGUUCACAACAUUCUAUAUUUCGUAAGGAUGGAUCAAAUUGUAAACAAUAGCUAAAUUAUUUUUUGCAUUAUAAAACAUAUUUGUAGUUUUAUACUAAAUAAAAAAGUUGAAUAAAAUACUUCUUCGAUGCCAUAUUUCAUGUCGUUCCUUGUGUAAAUAUAUAUAAUUAUUUUAGCAGACUGUUGCGCACUAUUCUGCUUAGGAAUUCGUUAAUUAUUAUAAUUUAUAUAUUGACAUAUUUUUUGUCCAUCUGUGAACUUUACAAGAAAGAUAGGUGAGUACUACAAAACAGUAUUAUUAAACAUUUUAAUGCAUUAGAAUAUUAUGAUUAUAAUUCAUAGGUACUUACUUUUUGUGUUGUUAACAAAAUAAUUAAGGCCAAACGAGAUUUUAAUUGUCAGUUUAGUGUUUAACAGUCUAUCAGCAUUUAUGUACGUCAUUUAAGUUAAUAAAUGGUAGUUUGUAUUGGCAGCUGAGCAAUCGAAUAAGUGUUUCCUAGUCUGUAGUCUAGAAUUACAAUUACAUCGUGUUUAAGUAUAAAAGUAAUAAAAAAUCAACUAAAGGUA